AUGAAGUUCUCAACGAUCUUAUCCUUGUUAUCCCUCGCGGCAGCUCCGAGUUAUUCAAUCCCGACCAGCGACGCCGCUAAUAGCGGCGAAGUAGUUCCCAUGCAUAUUACCCUACCGACUGCAGACGGGCCCCUAGAGCUAAUCGGAACCUACGAGGAACUAAUCCCACAAAUCCAAGAGGCCUACCCCGAUUGGGUUCCAUAUCCAGAAUCCACGAGAUUAACACCGACACCAACAUCAUCACCAAACCCAUCUCUCGUAGAGCGAUACUUCAAGAACAGACCAACAUGCUGGCUUGUCGCUGGAAAUUCAUGCUUAACUUGGGCGGUUACACAGGCGAGGAAUAAUCUCAAAAACCUUCCUGCCAGAACAAUGUGCGGCGGCCCACCAAACAAAUGCUCAAGAACAACGUGCGCCGACGGCGCAGCUCUCGAUCUCUGUAACGACCGAACCACCUCCCUAAGUAUACUUUGCAACAGAGUCGAAAAGGCCUCCGGCGAUAUCGCACACGACUGUCAAGACAACUUCGACGGCGAGACUUGGACAAAAGGACAAUGGUUCGACACCACAGGUUAUAACGUCGUUGUCAGGAGGUGCUACUAA